CGGUUCUGGAGCAUAAACAAGAGUGGGGACGGGAUGAGGCGGCAGUUGGCCCCCGCGCGGCGAGAGGCGGCGAGCGGGGCGACCAGCCGGACCAGACGUAGAUCCUGAGUGUAGCGUGCUCCCGCGGACCGCCCGAGUUGAGCCGCGCGCGCUCCCGCCAAGGGGGGUCCGGGUCCGUCGCGCGCGCGCAGCCAUGAACCUGGCGAGCCAGAGCGGAGAGGCCGGCGCCGGCCAGCUGCUGUUCGCCAACUUCAACCAGGAUAACACGUCCCUAGCUGUUGGUAGUAAGUCCGGGUAUAAGUUUUUCUCCCUUUCUUCUGUGGAUAAGCUGGAACAGAUCUAUGAAUGCACUGACACUGAAGAUGUCUGCAUUGUGGAGAGAUUGUUCUCAAGCAGCUUGGUGGCCAUUGUCAGCCUCAAAGCUCCCAGGAAGCUGAAGGUUUGCCACUUUAAGAAGGGAACCGAGAUAUGCAACUACAGCUACUCCAACACAAUACUGGCUGUGAAGCUGAACAGACAGAGGCUCAUUGUGUGUCUGGAAGAGUCGCUCUAUAUACACAACAUCCGAGACAUGAAGGUACUUCAUACCAUUCGAGAGACACCCCCAAACCCUGCAGGCUUGUGUGCACUGUCAAUAAACAACGACAACUGCUACUUGGCGUAUCCAGGAAGUGCGACCAUUGGAGAGGUGCAGGUCUUCGACACCAUUAACUUGAGAGCUGCGAACAUGAUCCCAGCUCAUGACAGUCCCUUAGCAGCCCUGGCUUUUGAUGCAAGUGGGACCAAGCUUGCCACUGCUUCUGAGAAGGGGACUGUGAUUCGGGUGUUUUCCAUUCCAGAGGGACAGAAGCUGUUUGAGUUCAGGAGAGGAGUGAAGAGGUGUGUGAGCAUCUGCUCCCUGGCCUUCAGCAUGGACGGCAUGUUCCUCUCUGCAUCCAGCAACACCGAAACAGUGCACAUUUUCAAACUCGAGGCGGUGAGGGAAAAACCUCCAGAAGAGCCCACCACCUGGACUGGCUACUUUGGGAAGGUUCUCAUGGCAUCUACCAGCUACCUGCCCUCACAAGUGACAGAAAUGUUCAACCAGGGCAGGGCCUUUGCCACUGUCCGCCUGCCAUUCUGCGGCCACAAAAACAUCUGCUCACUAACCACAAUUCAGAAGAUCCCACGGUUGCUGGUAGGAGCAUCAGAUGGCUAUUUGUACAUGUACAACCUGGACCCCCAGGAAGGCGGCGAGUGUGCCCUGAUGCGUCAGCACAGGCUUGAUGGCAGUAUGGAGACGACCAGUGAGAUUGUAGACUCUGCAUCUCAUGACAGCCCCUUAGCAACGCAGGCGUACGGCACAGCAGCCACCAAAGGUGCCUAUGUGCCCUCAUCCCCCACAAGACUUGGUAAAGGGCAGGACGCCAACUUAGAAGCCUACACAGAUGACCUGGGUGCUGUGGGUGGCACAUGCCUAGAGGAUGAAGCCAGUGCUCUGCGCCUGGAUGAAGACAGUGAACAUCCUCCCAUGAUUCUCCGGACUGACUAAUACUGACCUGUGAACUCUGGCCCAGGAGCAGACAACACUGGCCUGGCUGAGGACUUAAGCAUUGCUGCUAUGAACUUUGACCUGAAUUGAGGGAGAGGAUGGCAGAGACUUUAAAGCAAAGAGAUUGUAGUUAUAGCCUAUUCAUACUGUUGAGAAAAUACAGUUUCCACUUCAGCAACUUUAA